AUGAGAUUUCUGAUCGCUUUCGUUGCCAUCCUCGGCUAUGCUUCGGCUAGCGCCAUCCUCUCCCCCCUCGUGGUCGGAGCAAACCCUGGUGACGUUCAGGCUGCCGUCAUCGACGCCAAUGUAGCCGCCAGGGACACAGUCCGUGCCAUAGGAGAAGGACAAGCCCGCGCCGCCGAAUCCAUCAUCCAGGCUAACACUGAGGCAGUCCGUCAUGUAGCUGAGACCAACCGUAACCUCCACGAGAACGCGUACUGGGGCAGUCUUGCCGCUUCCCAGAACCUCGUAGCCGCUGCUCAGUCUCAAGCUGCUGCUAUUGAUGGAGCCGCUGCUGGCAUCCGUGGUGCAUAUGCUGGUGCUGGAGUACUACCUUGGGCUGCCCCAUUAGCCUACGGAGCACUCCCUUACGCCGCUGCCCCCUAUGGAGCCUACGGUGUCCACGGCAUCCAUGCUUGG